CUCUCUCACACAUUCUCACUCUCCCUAACUCUCUCAUAUUCUCUCUCUUCUGCCUCUUGUACGUUACAGGUUGGGAACUCUCAGUACUACAACUACACGCUGUCAGUCAACGGCAAAGAGCAGAAGCACGGAGACAGUUAUGAGUCGGACUACCUCACCGACCUCAUCACGAACCGGUCCCUACACUUCCUGGAGGACAGGAGCCCCCAGCAUCCGUUCUUCCUCAUGUUGUCUCCUCCAGCUCCUCACUCCCCCUGGACGGCAGCACCUCAGUACCAGAAGGAGUUCAGCGACGUUAAAGCCCCCCGAGACGGGAGCUUUGACAAGCUAGGCAAGGACAAACACUGGCUGCUGCGUCAGCCUGUGAACCCGAUGCCAGAAAGCUCCCUCAACUAUCUGGACAGCGCCUACAGGAAGAGGUGGCAGACGCUGCUGUCAGUGGACGACAUGGUGGAGCUGCUGGUGAAGAAACUGGACAGCAUGAAAGAACUGGACAACACCUACAUCUUCUACACCUCUGACAACGGCUACCACACGGGUCAGUUCUCUCUGCCCAUCGAUAAGAGGCAGCUGUAUGAGUUUGACAUCAGGGUCCCGCUCAUGGUCCGCGGUCCGGGAAUAAAACCCAACCAGAUGCUGCAGGCUCCGGUGUUGAAUAUCGACCUGGCUCCCACCAUUCUGGACAUCUCUGGUACCAACCUGUCAUCUGUGAACGUGGACGGACAGUCUUUCCUCUCGCAGAUGGCCCCGUCUCUGCGUAACGGCACCACUCGUCCCUUUUUCCUUGUUGAAUACACCGGAGAGGGACAUCCAACGUCCGAUCCUUCUUGUCCCAAACUGGGCCCCGGACUGUCCGAAUGUUUCCCAGACUGCGUGUGUGAAGACGCCUUCAACAACACCUACGCCUGCGUCCGGACCCUGAACGGCCAAAACAACCUGCAGUACUGCGAGUUUGCAGACAGCGAGUCGUUCGUAGAAGUGUACAACCUGACGUCGGACCCCCACCAGCUGGAGAACAUCGUGAAGAAGGUGGAUCCGGCCGUCCUGCAGGCGAUGAAUCAGCGGCUCAUAAAGCUCCAGUCCUGUCAGGGCGCCAGCUGCCGUGACAAUAAGUAACAACUAGGUGACGCCCUUCACGGAGCUGCCAAACAUCCUUCAUCCUGCUUCAUACGCUCAGUGGAAGAUGGCGCUGGUUUAUAUUACUGUUUGGUCAAAGGCAACUUUGUUGGAUAUGUCUUUUUCAUAACCAUCUUUCCCAAAAGUUUAAAUUAAAUGAUGGAUGAUGGCUGGGUUCCACUUAGCUGCUUCAGUUUCAGGGUCCUCGUGUUGUGCAUGCUGGGUCACUUUCAUGGUUUACGGGGACACUUGAGUAAGAACAGAGCCAUCGGUAGAGGACACGUUUAACAUUUUGGGAAAUGCACCUGCUGGACGAGAACAUAGAUACCGUCUGUACGAUAACUAUGGCGCUGCAGCUGGUUUGCUUAGCUUAGCAUAAAGACUGGAAACGGGGGAGGGGAAGCAGCUAGCAUCUCUCUGUGUUGCGCCACAGUAACAAAAUAAAAGUGUAAAAACGCAUCAAUGUUGUACAAGGAGCUAUGUACCGGAAUAUUUCAUGGUUGAUGGGGGAAGAAAUAGUCCUCGUAGUAAUAUAAAUAGUAUUUGUACUAUCAAAGGGCAGAUAAUUUAUUUCCCAAAAUGUGAAACUUUUCCUUGUAUGUUAUUAGUAACGCCUGUUUUUCUUUUAAUGACGAGUCAAAAUGUCUGCAGUGAAAAUGAGCUGUGCUCAAAAAUCUCUAAAUUAAAAGUUUAUUAUGUUUAAGAUAAACUCUUCAGCCAGUUCAUAUAUUAUGCAGAUCUACCGCUCAUCCAUGUUGAAAUGUCUUCCUGAUAUAAACUUCUGUUCUUUAUAAUAGUCAUGGUUCAAAAUGCCAUCUGAACAUUUUAGUUCUUAAACGAUACACAACCAAAGAUUAUAAUAGUUUGAGAUUUUGGGAAAGUUGCUUCUUAACUUUCUUGCAGAGAGUUAUACUUUUAAUUCUGCAGAACUUGAAGUUGAGACAUUAAGUCUUUUUUUUAAAGGACACAUCUGUUUCCAGUUAUUGCUCCAAUUUUGUGCCUCAGAUUUAAAGAAUGGACAAAACAUUUUUUAAUUCUCAUGUUUUAUAUUUUGCAGAGUAUUAAUGAUGACAUUUAUAAAGUGCCUUUUUUUAAAGUGGAAGAUGGGAACAUUGCUGUCAUACUUUGGAGGCGUGUUGACGACUUUGUAAUUGUGAUGAAUAUUCGUCACCUGGUAACAUUUGAUCCUGUAUGCCUUGUUUGCACUGACGACGCUCACUUGCCUUAAAUGUGAAUGUAUUUGUACUGUGAUGAAAUUUAAAUAAAUCAAAAGAAGCAUUUAAAUGCACUUGUGUGGAUA